AUGGUGGUGAGACUGGCAGCGGCCUUGUGGCCUAUUGCGUUCCUCGUUCGACCUGCAAUUUCCGCUGGAUAUGUAACUGCAAACUCCACAACGCCAGUCCAGAACAAUCCGAAUUGUACCUGCUAUGUUGUCGAAUCUGGUGACGACUCGCAGACUCCCCAAUACUUCCAGUACUAUCGCUUCUACGACUUUCGGAAUCUUGCGGAUAAAGCAGGAGAGUAUCUGAAAACACCGGCCAUUGUCGACGACUGGGACGAAGCUCCCAACCUUGAUGUUGGACAGCCGAGCAUUCUCAAGAGCGAUGCAUGGAAUAAGGACUGGAACAUACAGAACUGGAGCAAGAACGCUUCCGAGGACUUCCCCGUGCGAAUGGUGAAUUCGCCAGCAAACGUCUACUUGCAGCAAAACAACGACACCAACGACGCAUUCACAUACCUCACACUCCGGACGACCCGUGGCAAUGGAUUCCAGAGCGCGGCAGAGAUUGAGAACCUGCAGAAGAACGUGAUGCACACGUCGAUGCGCGUCUCAGCGAGAGUGGUGGGGGACAAAGGAGCUGUCGCUGGCUUCUUCACCUUUUACGACGACGAAAAUGAAUCGGAUAUUGAGAUCUUGACGGACGACCCUACAGAUGUCAUCCGGUACACCAACCAGCCAUCGGUCGACAAAAGCGGUGACGAGGUUGCAGCAGCAUCUCUUACGAAGACGAAGCUUCCGGCUUGGAACGAGUGGCAGAAGCACCGUAUCGAUUGGCUCGACAAGAACAGCUACUGGUACUUGAACGAUAAGCAGGUCGCUGCGAACACGUACUCGGUGCCGCGAAAGUCGAGCUACCUGGUAAUAAACAUGUGGUCGGACGGCGGAUCAUGGUCUGGAAACAUGACGGAGGACGGCUCUGCGGAGUUCCAGAUACAAUGGAUUGAGAUGACUUUCAAUACGAGCGGAAAGGUGGAGGGUGACACAAGCCCCGACCCGAAUAGCAAGAGAGCGGCUGAGCUACUUGAUAAGAGGAAGGACGAGAAGUGCAAGGUUGUUUGCAAGAUUGAUGGUGUGAAGGAGUUGGGAACCCCGGAGGUUGUGAGCAGCAGCAUGGCGACACGUGUGUCGCUCUCGUGGUGUGCCGUUGCAGUCAUCGGGCUUACAUCUUUGUGGGUAGGCUUGUAG